AUGACGCAAGCAUCUAUUACGAGUAACGUCCUGGACUUCGUGCGGCAUCACGCUCUCGGGCAGGAAGCGCUACCCUUUGGUGCUCUUUUUGCUGGCCUCCAGACAACAAGCAUCAGCUACCUGUGGUCUCUCGAAUAUAUUGGAGCACUCACAUCAAACUGGAUGCCCGGCCGCCGUCGAUGCAUUGUGGGCUUCUUUAUUGCUUUCAAUGUCGUCCUUGCGGCUGGCGUUGGACCUUCGAUUGCCAUCUUACUCAUUCCCCGGAGACAAGCCUUCCCAUUCGGGACAUCAACCUCGUGGGUGAAGGGAAUGGAGGACGAGCUCUUUCCUUCGCACUUGAACAAGAGCCACAUUCCCACCUCAUGCUAUUCCACGACUGAGACGGAUAUCGACACAACAGCAUACGUGGAAUGCCCAUGGCGUGCGCUGCCCACUGUGCUCGAGAUGGUCAAAAGUCGUUCUUCUGUUGACCUUCCUAGUUUUCUCCGACAGGUAAAUGGAGGAAACAUGGAAGUCCUUGGAGAAACCGAUCUGGACGGAGGCAACAGGUCCUUACCUCUGGCACUCGAUGAGCACGGCAGCCCCUACGUGUCUUUCCUAAAAGAGUAUGGGGGCAAUAGCGAGAUAGCGACCGCAACAACCAAGGGCAUCAUGCAGACUUUCUUCGCGACCUGGUUUCAGAUUGCGAAUGGACCACGCGGCGCAAUGCCGGACGUAUUUACAGUAAACAGUUUCAACCGCGUCAUGACAACACACAGCAAACAAGCACUUGCAUGGACCCAAUGCAAGGAAUCCCUCGAUCCAUUCGAUCCCCUCCACAUCGAUUUCCCCGGCAUUCCCGACGCUUCAACCGCACAAUACUCCCCCUUCAACGCGUCAUCCCACUGGCAGCUCAUCUGGGCCGACCUCAACACCACCGACCUCCCCGUCUCCAUCGGCGCCAUCGUCGUCCCCCCAGCAUCUCUGAUGCUCACGACCCCCAACCCACCCCCAUCUCCCCAGAACACCACCACCAACCACCCCUCCUUCCCCACCUACGCCUGCACCGUCUCCGCGUCCUGGACCCCCAGCAGCCUCACCAUCUCCGGCAGCUACAGCCACACCCUCUCCGCCGCCAGCACCGUCCUCUCCUGGCCCACGACCUCGACCGCCCUCUCCUCCACCUGGGCCAGCACGCUCCUCUCGCGCUGGCCGUCCGCCAACGACCCGUCCACCACCCUCCUCGACAUCAUGAUGCUGCCCGCGACGCAAGAAGCCUCGAGCGCGCUGCAGAGCACGCAGACGCUCCUGUCGGGCCUCGUCGUGGCGGGCAUGUCGCAGACAUUGACGCCGGCGUGGGCCGUGGUCGGGAACCCCAACAGCUUCACCGCGCAGCUGCAGACCUUCAGCAACUGGACCGGCUACGUCGUCGUCGGGAACGGGACGAAGGGGGAUCCGUGGGGGGUGGCGGGGCUGGAGGCGGCGAGGCGGGGGACUGCGUUGCGGACGGCGCUGGCGGCCGAGGGGCUGGCGUAUUCGGCGCGGGGGGCGUCGGUCGUGGUGGCGGUGGUGGUGUUGGUGGUGUAUGCGGUUUAUGUGGUGGCGUUUGUGGCGUACGUCGUUGGGUGGAGGCCCGAGACGAGCGCUGCGUGGGAUUCGAUUUCGGAAUUGACCGCGCUGGCGGUGUCGUCGAGGCGGACGGAGAGGCUGAGGCAUGCGGGGGCCGGGAUCGAGACGGUGGGGGUUUAUCGGGAGCCGGUCAAUGUCAGGGUGGUGCGGGGAGCUGAGAGAUUGGAGAUUGUGUUUGAAAGGGAUUCGAGGGGGUCGGAUGUGGAUGCUGUGGAACCGGACAAGGCGUAUUGA